CUGGCAUGGCUGUCGUGGUCAUCUACAACCCAGCCUGUGGCGACCGCACAGCAGAUGCAUUCUUUGCUGACCAUGUCUUCCCCUUGCUCGAGGCUAACAACAUACAACCAGCGCUGACUGUCAGGACAGAGCGUGACGGUCACGCGGGCCAGGCCAUCGUCGACUUCCUUGAGACAUACGCUGGAGAGUCACUCGUCCAUGUCGUCCUCGGCUCCGGGGACGGCACACUGCACGAGAUCAUCAAUGCCCUCUCCUUUGUCACAUUCAAGGGCGACAGAGCCAACACGUCCCCGCCCUCGAUCGGCUUCUCGCUUGUCCCCUGUGGCACAGCCAACGCUCUCUAUGCGUCCCUCUUUCCAGCCAAGAAAGAGGACAAGAUUGCUUAUCGCCUCCAGUCCUUGCAUUCGUUCAUCGCGCGGGGACCCAUUCAAUCGCUCACGCUCUCAUUCUCUUCCCUGUCGUCCCCUCCCUCGUCCAAGCAGCGGCGCCCCAAAGUCGCCGUCUCCGCAGUCGUGACUUCCACAUCCCUCCACGCUUCCAUUCUUGAUGACUCAGAGAAGCUGCGAGAGAGCAUUCCAGGUCUCGAGAGGUUCAAAGUCGCUGCUGCACAAAACAUGAGCAGGUGGUACCACAGCUAUGCCAAGCUCUUGCCUCUCUCCAAGGAGGGCACCGUACAAAUUUAUGAUCCUCAAUCUAAUCAGUUUGUCACCCAUGACGACUCUGACGAGGACACUCCCUUUGUCGAUGUGUACGGUCCUUUUGCCUAUUUCCUAUCAACCGUCAACGUCGAUCGUCUUGAGCCAGAGUUCAGAAUUACACCCUUGACUUCCCAGAUACCCCCUCAGGAGCCCUCCCUGGAUGUCAUCAUGGUACGACCCGAGAGAGACCCCACCUUUACGGUGGAUAGCGAAGAGACAAGGGUAGCCUUUGCGAAAAAGACGAUGGCUGUCCUCAUGGAGGCGUACAAAGACGGCAAUCACGUCAACCUGCGGUACAACUCAUCCGGAGAAGUAAGCUCAACCUACGAUGGACCUACUGUGGUCGAAUACGUGCGCUGUGGAGGUUGGGAAUGGAUGCCGGACGAUACGGACGAGAAGGCACAUCUUCUCUGUUGCGAUGGAACGAUCUUCAACGUGCAGAAGGAGGGCAGGGUAGUCUGCCUCGCAGCGAGAGCGUCAGCCAAUGCUGGGUUCACGGUGCACGUUUAGGGAAUGCAUUGAGCGAGAAUGAUAUAUGGUCUAUUAGAUCCGUCCCCGUAGUCCAACCCUUACGCCCGCAGCAGCUUAGAGACGACAUCGCUAGAUACCUCGAAUACCUCGUCGAUCGUUCCCGUGCUCUGUAUCUAGAUAGUGACUGUACGUUAGUUUAGCAAAUGGAUGCUUACGCUAUAGAUGGCGG